UCCAUUGGAUUUGGGUACGAUGCGAAAUCUAGGGAUUUCAAAGUUCUUAGGGUUGUGUAUUUUUUUAACGAUGCUAGGCAUUUUCUUUAUUAUAAAGCAGAAAUUUACCAUUUGAGCAAAGAUAGAUGGAGAGAAAUUGAAUUCCCAAGUUAUGGAUAUUCAAGUUAUACGCCUGAAUUUGAUUUGUAUCAUGAGGGAGUAUAUUAUUGGUGGGAGCGAAAUGGUAAAAAUAUACUGUCAUUUGACAUGAGCGAGGAGAUUUUUGGCAAAAUUUCCUUGCCAGAGAGUUUCAAUACGAAGAAUUUGAAUAGGGAGAAUUGCAAGAUUUUAGGGGUUUUAAAUGGAUCCAUUGUUGUCUUUGAUCAUGAGUGUGAAGUGAAUGAUGAAAAUACGUUCUAUAUUUGGGGGAUGAAAAAGGAUGAAUGCGGUGUUAUUUCGUGGUCAAACCUCUUGACAAUUGGCCCGAUUUUAGGAAUUCGUAAACCGUUGUUGUUUGUGAGCUCGGAUGAAGUUUUAAUGGAGGAUAACGAAGCGCAAGUGGUUUUGUACAAUAUUAAAACUCAACUGAUGAACGUGAUUCCAUUGAAAGGCCAAGGCAUUCUAAGAAGAUGUCAAGAAGCUACCUUUGUGACAAAGAGUUUGAUAUCUGUGAUGGGAGGAAAUAAUAGUAUGAGUUAUGUAUGAUGAUGCAUGCCUCGUAAACUCUUUACAUGUCAUAUGUAUUAUGACAUAAAUGAUAUCUUAUACUAAGUUGCUAUGAUAUUAAUUAUUAUUAA